AACAUACUAUACCAAUAUACCAUACCUAUACAUAUUAUUAUUACAUAGGAAGUGUAAGUUUUGAUCUUUUAAUAUUUUAAUCUCAAUUUUGUUUUCAUAUGUUCGACGAUUAUUACUUACUUGUUUAUAAGGUGUUUCUUAAAGUAAAUUAAAACGAACAACUCGAUUUCAGUGUGGCCCACUAAUUAUAAUAUUAUAUACGAAGAUAAAUACUAAUUCAAAAUGAUACGAGUUGAAGAAAGUCGUAUAAAAUCAUAUUUAACUAUGUACAAAUUUCCUGAAAAUACAAAAAAAGAAAUUAUAAAAACAUUAAAUUAUUAUCACGGACUCAUUUGUAAUUUUGAGACAUUUUUGUUUUCAAAUAGAAUUGAAAAGAAACUAGUUAAUUUGAGUGGUACUGUUCCUGUUACAUUUAAAGGCACCACUUAUCACAUUCCAAUUUGUAUCUGGCUAAUGGAUACACAUCCAAAUAAUGCACCAAUUUGUUAUGUGAAACCUACAUUGGAUAUGCGAAUUAAAAUGUCAAUGUAUGUUGAUCACAACGGUAAAAUUUACUUACCAUAUUUACACAAUUGGACUCCGACUACGUCCAAUCUUCUUGAUUUAAUUGGAAUAAUGACUGCAACUUUCUCAGAAACACCACCUGUAUAUUCAAUUAUUAGAACUGAACAACCAGUAAACCCUGGUUAUCCUACUCAAAUGCCAUAUGGUGGAACUGGUUCAAACGUGAUGUUGCCAUAUUCUUCAAUACCAACACAAUCUACUGCUACUUCUAAUCCUCCAACAGCGUACCAUGGAAGUUCUAAUACUCCUUAUCCUUUGUAUAAUAAUCAGUUCCCUUCGCCCUAUCCAACAGGUUCAGCAAAUACAUCAAAUUUUCCCCCCUAUACUCCACCAUAUACAACACAAAAUUCGUCUCAAAACUGUCCAUACCCUCAGCAACCUGCACCAAUAAGACCAGAAUAUCCUCCUUACCCAUCAACUACUAGUAAUUUGCCUAAUCCUUCUACAGGGUUGAAUGAUGGUGGUACGAUAACAGAAGAACAUAUUAAAGCCUCUUUGUUAUCUGCUAUUGAAGAUAAGGUACGAAGACGCUUUAACGAACAAAUGGCCCAGAAUAAAGCCGAAUUAGAUAUAUUGCAACAUUCUCAACGAGAAUUAUCACUUGGAAAAAAUAAAUUAGACUCUAUUCUGACAAGUCUCAAUAAAGAAAAGUCUGAAUUAGAACAAAACAUUCAAGUAUUGCGUGAUAAAGAAAUAGAACUUGAAAUGGCUAUUUCCAAGUUAUCCAAAGAAGAUAAUAUUGAUAUUGACGAUGCUGUAACAACAACUGCGCCUCUUUAUAAACAAAUAUUGAAUUCAUUUGCUGAAGAAGCCGCAACCGAAGAUGCAAUUUAUUAUAUGGGAGAAGCAUUAAGGAGAGGUGUGAUUGAUCUAGAAGUAUUUCUGAAACAAGUACGUUCACUCUCCCGUAAACAAUUUAUGUUACGGGCUUUGAUGCAACGAUGCAGGCAUAAGGCUGGUCUAGUAGCUUAAUUCAAAAGACAAAGGAAAUAUACUAACAAGGUACAAGAUAACAUUUACAAAAUGAGAUGUUUAAUUUCUACAGAUAAGUAAGAUGGGGUUAAACAACAUUUUGUGGUAUAUUUAUUCUAUUACAAUACAUAUUACUUCUGUUUUUUGUUUAGUAACAGUAUAUUUACUUCUGUUGACUAUUACAACAGAGAUCAAUAAUAUGCUAAUUUUGUUAGUGUCUUAUUACAUUUUAUCAACCAAAUAAUUUUAUUUUAAUAUUUUAUUACUAUAAUUACUGUACACAUUAAAAUAUGAUAUUGAAAAUAUGUAAGUUGAUAUUUCAAUCAUUUUGUCUCUAAUAUAAAUAUUAUUUUCAUUUUAAAUCCUUAAUUAUUUUUUCUUGACACUUUAAUAUUAUCAAUCUUAUAUUUUAUCAUGAUAUUUUGUUGUAAGUUAAGAAAACACCACUUCAUAUAUAGGUAUGAUACAAAAUUAAAAAUACAAAUAUAAUUUUAUUGAAGUUAUAAUUAUUGAAAUCUGUAUUAAGUUAUUAUUAUUAUUAACCGUAUAGUUCAUAAUAUCCACAAAAUAUAUUUCAUUUUUAAAUUGAUUUAGAUGGUAUUCUAUUAAAUAUCUACUUAUAACUAAUAGUUUUUGUAUAAGAACUUAAAUAUAUUUAUGUUCAGGACCGGCUCAAGUAAAAAUAGUUAACUAGGCAAAAUCAAAUUUUGCCGCCCCUAAUAAUAUAAUAUUAUCAGUAUUUUGAAAACAUCGCCUACCCCUUGAGCCGGGCCUGUUAAUGUUGCGUCUAAAAUAAUCGUUAAAUUAUAAUAAAGUAAUGAACUAUUAUAGCCCAAGAUAUGUGAUACCUUAUUUUAUUUCCAAAAAAAAAAAAAAAUGGUCUUACGCUUAAUGCUAAUGUAAAUAUGACCUGAAGAAAUUACUAGUUAUAUUAAAUCUUAACACUUAUUUAAAAAAUAUGUUAACCAAGUGAUUUUAUAUUAUAGUAUUGUGUACUCAUAAAAACUUAAGCAUCAAUAAGAAAUUAUGAUACAAAUUUACUCAUAUUUGACCCAUUAUAUUUUUUUAGUUAAAUUAAUAUAAUUGAAUUUGCCAUUUAUAAAUUAUGAUUAAAAUAUCUUUAUAUUAUUGUCUUAGAUUAUUAUGCUUUAUUAUAACUUAUACAAUUAUGUGUAAUAUAUGGAGGUCAAAUAAACCAAUAUAUAUAUUUUUUAAUUUAU